GAGCAGUGCACAGGACGGGGAAGGCGCAGCAGUUCAGUCAGGGAGACUAUAGAGCGAUUGGCGGAGUUAUACAGAGAGAAGAUCCAAGAAUAUUCAUAGUAUCCAGCCAGGCGGCAGCUGGCUCCGAGGGGCUGAGAGAGCUGGCAAUUGAGGCAUUAUCUAGAUAUUUGUCCUCUGUGGAAGGACAUCUGAAGUCCAGUUCUAAACAGGGAAGGCAUCAUCUCUAUCCUUGAUUUUUUUCAUAGGGAGAAAACCACCAGUCAUUAUUGAAGGAAUUUAUCUCGGCACUGAUCAAUCACAGAGAAUUCCACUGAUAAUUCUACAUCAAUCUACAUUCUAUACAGCGAACAGGACAUCUCUGCAUCAUCCUCACACUGCAGCAGGGAUACACUGCAAAAUAAACCACAAAAAAGACAUUGGAGGAUACCGCUUGUUCUACAGUAACUCUGUUCUUUAUAUUACAUUGUCUUUCCUGUGCUAACUUCCUCUCUGUCCAUCUCCAUGCCCCUUGUUCAGGGUAGUGCAUUGAGGAGUCUGCAGAGGGUCUUCACCCAUACUCGGUCUGCCAACGUGCCCCAGGGCACAGAAGAGGAACCUUCCUCCCCUCCGCCGUCUACUUCCUUCUGGAAGUCUUCUUGUACAACACACCUGUUCCACAGACGAUCUGCUGCUGCUUCCUGCUCUCCCCCAAGAAGGUCAACUUCUGUCCCCAUUGACUUCACUUUAAAAUCAACUACUUAUCCAAGCAUCCUUCGUGCUCCUAAGUCUUCUAAAGACAGGGAUACGUCUGUCAGUGAAAAUAUAAUCAGUAAGUCCACUUCUGUCCCACACACGUUUUUAAAGCCCACUUGCCCACAAACACCUCCCAAAUCUAAAAAAUCCAAUGCAGCCUCCACUGAUAUUUCUAGUCAGACUAUUGAUUCUCCAAAUCACUCUAAUUUGGAUCAGUCUGCAUUAGAGAUGUCUACUUUAAAGGAAUCUCUACCAUCACCCACCAGUCAACAUAAUCCAGUUUCCAAACUCUCUUCUGAAAUGGCCACUUUUAUCCCCACUACUUUACCCUCAGCUUCUACUUCUGCAUCCACAUCAGUACCACCUGUCAUAUCCAUUGCUUCUUCGGGUCAGUUGCACUCACCUUCAAAAAAUCCUGCAUCACAGCCUACCCAAACCAAACACUCUCCUGUAUCCUCACCUCCUAAGUCCUCUCCUGCCCACUCGCCCCUGAAGUCCCCCACUCAUCACUCUUCCCCUAGAAGACACUCCUCUCAGAGGCACAAGAUGCCUGUUGCCCCAGGCCCUACAUGGUCAGAGCUUUUGGAGGCAAGACGCAGGUUGUUGGCAAUUGAAGGACAACGACAAGCAAUUUGUGCGUUGGAAAUGCGUGUCCAGCAGGUGCAUUAUGUCUUUCUUCAAGCUGAAUUAAGGGUGGCAAGACAGAGGGAAGCAUUGGCCAGGCUAGUGGAUGCUGCAGGACGGGCAGAAGUCCAGGCAACGGUUCAUGGGCAACGGUUUAAAAGAGCCUUGCGCAGACACAAACCACGGCUAUUGGCUUGUGCCCUUUGUGUUCCAUGGGGUAGCAAAUCAGAGCGCCGAGGUGGACAACAUUCUCGCCAUACACGCUGUGCCUUUUUUCAGGGCAGGGUACAGGGGCUAAGGGGAUGUGUGAGUGGAGAGGAUGUGGGAACAAGGGACUGAUAAAUAUGUUCUCUGUUUGUGCAUGGGUAAUAAGUUGGCUACCAAACAACUGCCGUUGCCCAUCAGGUUAAAAAUAACAAGUGAUGCGUUCAACCUAGACAACUUUUAGUUUUUUUGUCUUUCACAUUCUUCCCACUAAUGCCUGGCAUUAUUUUGUUCUAGAAUUUUUUUUAUUUUUAUUUUUUAAAUGCUGCUACUUAAAACCCCACUGUUUAACUAUGGUUCUGUACUUUGUGCAAACUACUGUGUAUAUGCCCACAGACGCUUCUGCAUCUUAAAAGCAAGGUCCAUUGCUGCAUUUGUGAUCUAUAUUGAAGACAUGUUAUUUUGGCGAAAACCUCUUCAAUAAUUAUGUCCUUCGCAAUCUCCUUGUCGAUCUGUAUCAUAUCGAUUACUUGUGAUCUUCUCCUUUGUCUGAAAUUCAGAGAUGUCAUCAUUCUAAAACAAGUCUAUUUGCUACAAUCUUGAGAAAGCCAAUGCUGCUGGUAUUCAAUCUGCUGCCUGUUUUUGAUAUCUGAUUGCAAACCAACUGCUUUUGGGUACCACAGGAAAUCUGUCUUCUUUGAGCAUUGUGCAUCAAGAGGCCAAAUUAGAGUAUCUGUAGAUGGCAUUAUUAAAUUAAAGCAACCACGCAAUUGGAAUUGGGUAAUUAUGUCCUUCUACAUUGAAGAUGUGUGCAGGCAAAAUUAUCCUGCAAAAAGCAUGAUUUAGGUUUACCAAUUUGUGGUCUGAGUUUUCAUUAUAGAAUAUUAACAUAAAAAUCUCGAAAACCAGGAAGUGCCUACUGUGUUGGGGGAAAAUGGAGAAAAUUAUAUUGAUGUUAAUUUUCACAAAACAGAUUUUGUAUUUUAGUUGACCUAAAUAAUUCAUUACUGAUUCUUUUACAGCUCG